AUGAUACAAGGGGGACAAUCAGAUGACAAAAUUACCUGUGCUGUUACCAUAAAUGCAAAGUCUACGUCCUGCCCUGUGAACCUAGUGGUGGAUACAGGCUCUGCUGUGUCCAUCAUUCCCGAGUGCCUCUACAGAGAGCACUUCAGUGGUGUGCUGCUGGAUGAGCCACCUAAAAGGUUAGUGACUUACACCAAAUCUGAUGUUCCAGUGCUAGGUUGCCUGUCAGCUACAGUGCAGCAUGCAAACAUUAAAGUGUCAGCUACACUAUAUGUUGUGAAGACAGGCACAGCAUUGCUGGGAAUGGACUUAUUCAGAGCACUGAGACUGUCUAUUGACAAUAAUGCUGUGCUCUCAACUGCGGCUCCAGUGGCAGAGAUCGAAGAGAUCAAUACUGGACCAGUAGCUGGCGAGAAACUGGGUCUUGCCAAAGGUUUCAUUCACCGUGUCAAAGUCAGGGAAGGUGUACAGCCUGUUCAACAAAAGCUGCGGAGGCUUCCGCUCUCCGUUAAACAAGCUGUAUCUGCUGAGCUGGAAAGACUUCUAGAAAUGGAUGUAAUAGAGAGGAUUGAUGCAUCCCCGUGGGUCUCACCCAUCGUGGUGACACUACGAAAGAAUGGUGCAGUUAGGAUGUGUGUGGACUUACGUGAGCCAAACAAGGCUGUAGUGAUGGACAGUCACCCACUGCCCCAUAUGGAUGACCUUUUCUCUGAAAUGCGUGGAGCCACUGUAUUCUCCACCAUCGAUUUGGCGAACGCCUAUCAUCAAGUGCUACUAGCAGAAGAAAGCCGGGACAUGACUGCGUUCAUAACGCAUGAUGGGCUCUUUCGGUUCCGCCGGGUUCCGUAUGGACUAUGCUCAGCCCCAAGUGCGUUUUCUAAGAUGAUGUCCCUGGUGCUGAAAGACCUCAAGGGGGUCCAGAACUAUCUGGAUGAUGUCAUAGUCUAUGGCAUAGAGCAGGAGGAGCAUGACCGUAAUCUGCAGGCGGUGCUCGCGGCGUUAAAGGACGCUGGCCUCCAGCUCAACAAGGAAAAAUGCCACUUCAACCAAACCAGCCUACGGUUCCUUGGGCACACCAUCACACCCCAAGGUUUGCUGCCGGACAAAGAUCACCUCCGGGCUAUUACGGAAGCUCCAGCGCCUAGCGACGCCACCACACUACGCUCAUUCCUGGGCCUCACAGCGUGGUAUGCAAAGUUUGUGCAAAACUACGCGUCUCUGGUGGAGCCGAUGCGAGAAUGUCUGCGUGAUGACACAUUUCAGUGGACUGCAGCAGCGCAGUCAAGCUUUGACACUGUCAAGACUCGCAUCGUGAACAGCUCAGCGCUGUCUGUCUUUGACUCAAGCCUUCCAACCAUCGUGUCUACAGACGCGUCCGACUAUGGUCUGGGGGCCAUUUUGACACAAAUGCACCCUGAUACAACGGAGCGCACAGUUGCUUUUGCUUCACGUUCACUUACCCCUGCAGAACGGAAGUACUCCAUUGUGGAGAAGGAGGCAUUAGCCUGUGUGUGGGCAGCGGAAAAGUGGAGGACUUUCUUAUGGGGGACAAGAUUCACACUGCGUACGGACCACCAGGCCCUGACCACACUGCUAGCCACAAAAGGCCUUGGACACGCAGGCAUGCGUAUUGCACGGUGGUCAGCUAGACUCUUGUGUUUCACAUAUGACAUAGUGUAUCGCGCUGGUGCACAAAAUUAUGCUGCUGACUGUCUCUGCCGUUUGCCCCUCCCAUCAGAAGAGAAUGCAGAGCCAGUGUCAGAGCCUGAACUCGUAGCUCUGUUGGAUACAGAACUGAGAGCUCUCUCAGUGAAGGACUUCGCUGUGGCAUGUGCAGCAUGCCCAGAGCUCACGGCCCUGAGAGCGCAGGUAAAAAAGGGGUGGCCUAAAAGAGCAAAGCACCUACCUACAGUGCUCCAACCGUACUUUGCUACCCGAGAUGAACUGUCAGUCCAAGAUGUGACAAUAUUCAGGGGGCCUCAUCGGCGGCUUGUUCCUGUGGCCCUAAGAAAGCAGCUUGUGGAUUUGGCACAUGAAACACACCAGGGUGUCGUCCGCACCAAACAGAGGCUGCGUGACUUAUACUGGUGGCCGGGCAUGGACAUGUGUGUGCAGGACAGCAUUAAUGCAUGUUCAACGUGCCAGAUGAAUGAUAAAAGCGCCAAGACGCAUGCUGCCCCACUCCAGCCAGUUCUACUGCCAAAUGGUCCGUGGCAGAAAGUGGGAAUCGACAUCGUCGGACCAUUCGAGUCAGCGACUUGGGACUGUCGCUAUGCAGUGACACUAAUUGACUAUUACACAAAAUGGCCGGAAGUUGUUUUUACUUCCUCCAUCACAACCACGGCGAUCACAACCUUCCUUUCUGCAGUGUUCGCCCGGUUUGGCAACCCUACAGAGCUCAUUAGUGACAAUGGGACACAGUUUACUUCAAGUGAGUUUGCAGACUUCCUUGAAGUGAGAGACAUCAAACACAGGAAAGUGUCUUUGUAUUAUCCGCAAGCAAACGGAGCAAUAGAACGCUGGAACCGCGUUCUUAAAGAGACACUUCUCACUGCCGAGCAGGAGAGAAAACCAUGGAAACCAUUCAUACAGGAAUUCCUGCUCACAUACCGUGCAACUCAACACAGUACUACAGGAGUGUCACCAUAUGAACUCAUGUUCAACAGAAAAAUGCGCACAAAGGUGGACAUCGGCCCAGCAAGCAAAUCCACCCCACUGUCGGAGAAGCAGGUGCGCCAUCGUGUCAUCUCCAAACAAAACGCAUCGAAAGCCUACACAGAUGUGAGGACAGGUGCACGAGUACCAAGGAUCAAAGAGGGAAGUUUAGUCAGAGUAAAGAAACCUUUCCAUGUUAAGAAAGGACUGUCAAAGUUUCAGGGACCUGCCAAAGUGAUACGGAAAGCUGGUUCAAAUGCUUAUGUGCUGGAGGAUGGACGCACAUGGAACGCUAUUCACCUCUCCCUGGUCCCAGAAACUGCAACAGACAUCAUUACACGCCCUGCUUCAGACCCUGAGCCGGGGCCUGCACUACCGCCGCAUGUUUACAUGCACAGACCAGCAAGGGUCCGAAAGAGACCUGACUGGCUUAACGAUUAUGAACAUUAA